CGUGUGUUUUAAAAAACUCUAGAAUGCCGCCAAAGACAACGCCCGACCAAGAACAAGAUGAUUCGGAUGCUGAAUUCGUCGAGGUUGAUCCCACAGGUCGAUACGGCCGGUACAAGAAGGUCUUAGGAAGAGGAGCUUUCAAGAAAGUGUACAAGUCAUUUGAUGAACUUGAAGGUAUAGAAGUAGCAUGGAAUCAGGUUAAGGUCUCAGAUCUAUUGCGGCAUUCGGAAGAUUUCGAACAUCUUUAUUCGGAAGUUCAUUUGCUUAAAACGUUGAAGCAUAAGAACAUAAUGAAAUUUUACAAUUCCUGGGUCGAUACCAAAAAUGAACAUAUCAACUUCAUCACCGAGAUUUUCACUUCAGGAACAUUGCGGCAGUAUCGAAAGAAGCAUAAGCAUGUCGAUUUGAGGGCAUUGAAGAAAUGGUCUAGGCAGAUCUUGGAGGGUCUUGUCUAUCUUCACAGUCACGAUCCCCCAGUGAUUCACAGGGAUCUGAAAUGUGAUAACAUCUUUGUCAAUGGUAACCAAGGUGAGGUGAAGAUCGGAGAUCUAGGGUUGGCUGCUAUUCUUUACAAGGCCCAUUCGGCACAUAGCGUUAUCGGUACACCCGAGUUUAUGGCACCGGAACUCUACGAGGAGGAAUACAAUGAGCUUGUAGAUAUUUAUGCUUUCGGAAUGUGUUUGCUUGAGUUAGUAACUUUGGAGUACCCAUAUGUUGAAUGUGCUAAUGCAGCUCAAAUAUUCAAGAAAGUGACAUCGGGAAUAAAGCCAGCAUCGUUGGCGAAAGUGACGGAUCCUAGAAUGAAGUUAUUUAUUGAAAAAUGUCUUGCUAAUGCCUCGGAUCGUUUGUCUGCAAAGGAGCUUUUAAGGGAUCCAUUUCUCCAACCUGACGAGGAAAAUGACAAUGUAGGUCGUUCUUUACAAGCUAAUGUCCAAUCUUCAGAUAGUACUUCUGAUCAGACUAAUUUAAGGGUAAAUACCAAGGAUCUUCAAUCUGAGACAGGCGUGGAUGUCAAAGUACAAGGUCAGAGGAAUGACGUUAACACGAUAUUUCUGAAACUACGGAUAUCGGAUUCUACAGGUCAUAUCCGCAACAUCCACUUCCCCUUUGAUAUUGAAGCAGAUACAGUGACAGCCGUUGCUCGAGAAAUGGUUGAAGAAUUGGACUUGACAGAUCAAGAUGUUCCAACAAUUUCCGAAAUGAUUGAAUCGGAAAUCCGGUCUCAUAUUCCUGAUUGGGUUCCAAAAGAAAUUCCUAUUGAUAAUACUUUGGGAGAAGUUGCAAUUUCUGGGAACUCUCUCUCUGAAAAUAAGGGUGAUGGAUCUCCAUUGGCUUAUGAGCUGACCUCAUCUCCAGGCUAUCUCUCAUCAGAGAGAUUACCUUCUGGUCGAAGAUUCUGGUCCGAGCCACUCAAGGCAACUGGUGGAAACUCUUCGACCAGUUUUGGUGGUUCAAAUGUUGCUUUUCGAGAGGAUUUUGUAAGGUCUGCUAAUAGCAUGAUUGAACUGGAUGAACAAUCUCAUGAAAGCUGUGAAAUUGGAGGUAAAAUAAACAGUAGUACUUCAUCUGGACGACUUGACAACGAGUUCACACAUCACAAUGGCGGAGACGAUGAUGGUCAUGGGAAAGACGAUGAUGCUAAUAGAAAACAUUUUUCGAAAGAGAACUGCAAGCCAUUAAAGGAUGCUGAAUCAGGAGUGAAGGCAAUAACAGAGAGGCUCGAUUCUCUGUUGUUGAAUCAGCAAAUGGAGGUUGAUGAACUAAAGAAGAAGCACCGAUUAGCCAUAGCAGACUUUCUGAAAGAACUAUCUCAGGAAACCUGUGAAAAGGUUUUGGCUACAUGUAAGAUGAAGAUUCCAGAUUAUACUAUUCAAAACGACACAAACAGCUAAAUGUGCAUCCGACAUACCAGACUUGAGUCUCUUUGAUAUUGCAGUUUGAUAAUGGCGGGGAAUCUUAGAAGGAAUGAUGGUACUUACAGACACUCCAUUACUGCUGAAGAGAGCUGCAUUUUGUUGGUUAAGUCGGACAGUACGUGUCUGUAGCUGACAAAUCUGCGGGAAUGCCUCGUAUCCAGAGGUGAGACGAGAUCAACAAUGCUCUGUAACUAUAACGGAUGCACAUCGCAUGGUGAGUCAAAAGGAAAGGGCGAUUAAGCCGAAACCUCGGUCUCGACAAAUUCCGGGGUGCUAUAGAGGUGAGGCAUUGUUAUGUGUAUGUAUGUAAUAUAGUUUCGAUGUCUGCACAUCGUGGAUGCACAAGAAGCUUCGUUUCUUAUACUGAAUGUGGUUUAAUUUGAUACUUCUUUCAAAAACUUCCACGGGAGC